AUGGAAGCAGUUGAAGAACAUCCAGUUAUUAGUUCAAAUAUUGAUAUAGUAAAACCUAAUGUUAUAGAGGGUGCAAACGUAGAAACACUGGAGCCCCCAGUGUGCCACAAAUCUAAUGGUGUCGAUUGUGACCAAAAUACUGAAAGUGGACAUUCUGAAGCUAAUGAUGACGUCGCCGCAAGUAACGUAAAUGAAAUUAUAUGCGACAAACCCGAUAUUAUUGAGAUACUACCUGAGAAUAACGAAACUAAUGUCGUUGAAGAAUGUGUGGUUUCUGUUGAUUCAGAAGUAAUAAAGGAUGGUAAACUUGAAAAUGAAACGAAAGGCAUUGAACAGGAAGUCCAAGAAACUGAAUCUAUUGAAAUAUCGAGUAAUGUUGUCGAAAUUGAAAAAGAAGUUGUUAAUGAACAUGAAAUUAUAACUGAAACUGUUGAAAUUGACAGUAUCGAAACUAUAGAAUCUGCAAUGUCUAUUGAACAAGUUACAUUUGAAACUGAAAUCGUUGUUGAGAAAAAUGAUAAUGAUUGCCAUGAAAGUUUAGUUAUUGAAGAGCAAAUAAAUGAUUCUAAUAAUAUUUUGAGUGAAUUGGGCCAAAAUAUCGAACUAAGUGAAGUACUUCGUGCAUCGGAUGUUUCAGAAAACAAUAACAGUACUGUAAAGCAGGAGGUUUUUAAUAAAGAGGAAUUGUUAGAUAUUUUAGAAGGUAAUGACGAUAACGAGCACUCAGUAGAGCAAGUUAUUGAAAUAUCGAAGGUUUCUCAAACUAAAGCUGAAAUUGCUUUACAACAACUAUCUAGGUUAAAGAGUACAAAGAAAAAAAAGAACCCCACACCUAAAGGAAAAAAGAAUGAUAAAAAAAAUAAUGCUAAUGCAGAUUUAUCAAAAUGUGAGUCUCAUGGUAUUUCUGAAAAUAAAUUAUUAAAUAGCAAUAAGCAGGAAUCUAAUUCUGAAAGCAAGGAGGGUUCUAUUUCUGAAAGCAAGACAGAAUCAGGCAGUAAACAAGAAACUACUUCUGAUAGUAAGCUACAGAAAGAACAGUCAGAUAGUAUAGUUAAUAAACUUGUUAUGGAUUGGGAGGAUGAUGAACCUGGUGAUAAUAAGUGUGAUCAAAGCAUUGAGGAGUGCGACCAUGAACUUAAGGAUUCUGAAAAUCUUAAGGAGAUGCAAGAAAAUUCAUUGAAUGCAGAACCAGGCGAAAGGACAUCUGUUGAUUCUACAUUAAGUGAAGAACACUUACAAAAGGCAAACAAAAGCGGAGAUGAGGGGGCUCCUCGACGGUUAGGUAGAGUUAUCAAGAAAAAAGUGAUAUUUGAUCCAGAUAACCCAGAUACAUUUACAAAAGGUAAAACUAUAACUAAGACAAAAGAAAAUUUAAUAAAUAAAGAACAAACACCCUCAAAGAAAAUAAAACCUGAACAAGUCUCGCAGAGAUCAAAAUCCAAGUCACCACUAUCUAAGCUACAAUGGAAGAAACCAACACCUAAAAAUAAUAAACAAAAUAAAAGACUGACAGAAGUUGAUAAGCUACUAAUGGAUGAAGGUGCAGUUAAUAUGAUAUAUCAACUCACUCCUGAAGCCACUAAAGGUAAAAAAAAUAUGAAAACCAAAGCUGAAUUUAUUAAAAAACUACAAAGUUCUACUCCAGAAGGUAAAGAAAUGAAGUUUCGAGAAAGAAAAAAGGAAUCUAUCAAAUAUGAAGAUGGUGAAGCCAAAAAAAUUCUAAGUGGUAAACAACGAAAUUCUCUAAGCAGUUCUGUUAAAUCCCCAUCAGUAUGUGAAGAUUUUGAAACUCAUAGUGCUGAUGAUUCUAUUAUCUAUAGACGUCACUCAUCAAGCUCCUACUCAAGCAGCUGCAUGAGCCCAAGACGCUUAAGUGAUGUAGAAUCUGGAUAUGCGCAAAAUGUCACCAAACCAUCCAAUCAGCGUAUUUCUUCAGACAAUCAUAAUGAGUCCAGGUCUACAGACAUAGUUGAAGAUGUAGAACAUUCUGCAAAAGAUGUGUUUAAAACUGAACUAACAAACACAUCCAGUGAUAUUAUAAAUAAAGAUGAUUGUUUAUCUAUAAAAGAAAAACUGAAUUCAAAGCUAUCUCUUGCUCUUAAUAAAAGAAAACGAGAAUCAUCUAAAAUAGAUAAACCAGCCAAGCACAAGAAAUUGCUUAAACCAGGGGAUCAGGAGAACAUCAAUACAUCUGUGCAAAUGAAAGAUGAUCAAUUUAAAUUUAUAUCCGUUAAUGUGAAUAAACGACUAGCUAUAAUAUGCAUACAAAAAACUGGUUUAAAAAUUUGUGUAGAAGUUCUAAAGGAAUUACAGGAAGCCCUUAAUUACAUAGACAGCAUUCAAGACAUAUCAAUAACUCUUUUUACAUCUCAAUGUGGAACUCUAUGUUCAAGCUUAGACUUGAGUUUAUUAUUAGAUGAAAAUAAAGUAAUAAGGACCAAUUAUGCUUAUGAGCUUGCCGAAUCAGUCAGAUCGCUGCUGAGCGCAGUUGUACGGCACAGCAAGCUGGUGUGCGUGGGGGCGUGGGGCGCGUGCGCGGGCGUGGCGCUGGCGCUGGUGGCGCUCAGCGACGUGGCGCUGGCGUGUGAGGGCGCCACCUUCUCGCUGGCGGCCGCCGGCGCGCCGCCCCUGCCCGGCGCCGCGGCGCUUACCGCGCGCUGCAGGGCGCUGCCACAGGCGUUGGUGAACGACCUAGUGGUGUUCGGUCGGCGGCUGUCGGCGGCGGAGGCGCUGUCGGGCGGGCUGGUGAGCCGCGUGCUGUGGCCCGACCGCUUCGACGACCAGGUCGCUAGCAUUGCAAGGGACAUCGCCUCUCAGCCGGCACAAGUGAGUAUAUUGUAUAAAUUAUAUGAUCUAGAUUUUACA